AUGGAGAAGCCAGAUAUUGUGGAAUCCCCGCGCAAGCGACAGAAGACUGAGGAUGUAGGGUCAACUGAGGUCGCCAUCGCUGUCAAUGGCGCAACUGACACUCCAAGCACCGCAGUCUCAGAUGCGCAGGCUCUGAAGGAAGUCGAGGUCGGUAUCACGGAGUUUGUGAGCAACACUGAGGGAUUCUCGGGUAUCCUGAAGAAGAGAUACACAGAUUUUAUGGUCAAUGAGAUCAUGACCACCGGCGAAGUUGUCCACCUUCGAAGCAUCCAUACGAUCACCGAGCCCGACAACUCUGUAAAUACUGUUACAGAGCGUACGCCUGCGUCGACAGUCCCAGAGGUGCAAGCCCAGGCUGCAGAACAAACCCCAGCCAAGGAAGCGGAAACACCAGCUCAGAUCAAAGUCUCGGAGGAGGACCACACUCUUCUGGAGGAAUACUUUGGCGCUCAAAAUGCUGCCGAAAUAAUUGCGCUCCAUAAAUUCGCCAUGGCUAAGCCAAAAGGUCGACCUAGUGAAUUCGGCAGUGUCACCUUUGCCGUGUCUGACCGGGACCUUCGCACCAAGAUCCACCAGGCCAUCCGUCGCAUUUUCAAUUCCCAGCUAGAAUCUACUACCGAUGCAGAUGGAAAUAUGUCAAUCACUGCGGCAAAUAACCGUUUCCAACGCGGUGCGACCGCAGGACGCGCCAACGCCCGGGUCCAGGGCCAGCGGACAAACUGGGAAGAACUCGGCGGGCCAUAUCUGCAUUUCACGAUCUACAAGGAGAACAAGGACACAAUGGAAGUCAUCAAUUACAUCGCUCGCUCAUUGAGGAUGAAUGCUAAGGCUCUCCAAUUUGCUGGAACCAAGGAUAGGCGGGGUGUGACCGUGCAGCGUGCCUGUGCUGUGCGCGUUCGCCUCGCCCGGCUUGUAGAAGUGAACUCGGAACUUCGCAAUGCUCGUAUUGGAGACUUUCAGUACCGCAAGCAUGGCCUGGACCUUGGAGAUUUGCAGGGAAAUGAGUUCGUGAUUACUCUGCGCGACGUUGAAAUUCCCGGCGUGAGCAUGAGCGAUCCUCAGGCUGCGAUCGCCAAGGCAUCCGAGGUCGUCGGUACUUCUUUGAAGAAUCUCUACCAGCGAGGAUACUUCAACUACUACGGUCUCCAGCGAUUUGGAACCUUCGCAACCCGAACGGAUACAGUCGGUGUCAAAAUGCUCCAGGGAGAUUUCAAGGGCGCAUGCGAUGCUAUUCUGCAGUAUGCCCCUGCAUCUCUUCAGGCGGCAAUGGAGGGAAAUAUGUCUACUGCUAACAUCAGCAAUGAUGACAAAGAUCGUGCCAUGGCCAUUAAUAUCUUCCAGACCGGCGGUAGCGUCGCCGACGCUCUGCUAAAGAUGCCGCGCAAGUUCUCCGCUGAAAACAGUCUCAUCCGCCACCUCGGAAGGAGCAGCAAGGAUUAUUUGGGUGCGUUGCAGAGUAUCCCCCGGACCUUGCGAUUGAUGUAUGUACACGCAUACCAGUCGCUUGUCUGGAACUUCGCUGCAAGUGAGCGAUGGCGCCUUUACGGGGACCGGGUGGUGGAAGGCGAUCUGGUCAUUAUCCAAGAGCACCGCGACAAAGAGUCUGCCUCUGCUGUCGAGGCUGCCGAGACUGUCGAUGCUGACGGUGAAAUUAUCGUUGUUCCUCAGGGCGAGAACAGUGCCGUUGCGGCCGAGGACAUGUUCAUGCGAGCCCGUGCCCUGUCGGCCGAAGAGGCAGCCAGUGGCAAAUAUACCAUCUUUGACCUGGUGCUUCCCCAGCCUGGAUAUGACAUUAUCUACCCCGAAAACGAAAUGAAGGAAUUCUACCGUCGCUUCAUGGAAAGCGAGCAGGGUGGUGGCCUUGAUCCGUCCAAUAUGCGCCGCAAGUGGAAGGAUAUCAGCCUUAGCGGCGGCUACCGCAAGAUUUUCAGCCGCAUGUUGGGAGCCAACUACUCUUUCGAUAUUAAACUUUAUUCCAAGGACGAUGAGCAGUUUGUCAAGACGGAUUUGCAAAAUCUGCAACCUGCAAAUGAGAAUACCGAUACCGCUAUGGCCGAUGAGACUGCAGCUGAUAAGUUGGCCGUUGUGUUGAAAUUCCAGUUGGGAUCAAGCCAGUACGCCACCAUGGCUCUUCGGGAAUUGACGCACGGAAAGGCCACAGCCCACAAGGCUGAAUUCGGUGGUGCAAGAUAA